AUGAUGUGUCUUUUUUGUUGUUUAGUGUUUACUUUAAUUGAAGGCGUCCACUCCGUAGAGAUGUCGACUGGAUUCGACACUGCGCUGAAUAUUGGAGGUGCUUCGCAAGAGUCGCAAGGCUUCAGCUUGCGCAUGUUCAGUAAACCAUCAAUAGUUCUCGCGCACGUCGCAUUCAAAGGUGCAGCCUUGGCUUAUUAUUUUUUCGCAAAUUGGCUGUCGUCGUCUUUUAUUGUACAAUUCCUCAUUAUCCUAACGUUGCUGUCUAUGGAUUUUUGGACGGUAAAGAACAUAACAGGAAGACUGCUGGUCGGACUACGAUGGUGGAAUUUCGUUGACGAGAAUGGAAAUAAUCACUGGAAAUUCGAAAGUGCCAAAGAUCAGUCGCGGUUCCCUGUUAUGGAUCGACGUGCUUUCUGGUUUGGUUUGGUGAUGGGACCUCUUUUAUGGAUAUUCUUUGUUAGCAUGGCGUUCUUCACUUUCAAAUGGGAGUGGAUGAUUGUUGCACUACUGGGCCUAGCAAUGACCUCUGCGAAUAUGUACGGAUAUUUGCGAUGUCGGUGGUCGGAUACUACUCAGUUCACUAACUAUUUGUCUAAAUGGGCUUUCUUGUCGGUUUUGCGUCGACAAAAUCCUCCUACCUCCGGUACUAUGCAACAAACUAUCUAA